AUGUCGAUGUGCGUCCCAGGGCCCGAAAAAAUUGGAUAUAAGUCCAGCAACUCUGGGGGAAACUCGGGAAUGAAAUCCUCUACCACCUCGCAGACCGAUAUCUUGGAAGCUACGCGUGAUCACAACAUCGCGUCGUCUAUGAGAGAGAGUUAUCGCAUGAAUCGACCGAGCACUCAAAUGAAUCAGAAGCAGCCCCCGUUGAGACUCCUGUCCUUAGAUGGUGGAGGGGUUAGAGGAUAUAGCAUGAUCAUGAUUCUACAGGAACUUAUGCUAAAAUUAUUCGUGGAGAUGCACGGCCGGGCGCCCAGGAGGGAGGAGAUCCCAAAGCCAUGCGACCACUUCGACUUGAUAGGGGGUACUGGCACUGGUGGGCUUAUCGCGAUUCUAAUUGGACGACUGCGACUUGAUCUAGAAACUUGUAAAGAACUAUACGUGAAGUUGACCAGGAAGGUCUUCGAAACGGACAAGACAAUUGCCGGACUGCCGUAUCGGAAAACUCUGUUUAAAGCUUCAAAACUCGAGGAGGCCAUUCGGGAGGUUGUACGCGAAACUAGCAUGCGAGACGGAGAAGAGACGGUGAAUAUGUUUGUCGAUCCUAAGAGCCCAGUCGCACAAAUCCGGCGGAGACAGACUUCCAGCUCUUUUAGAGAAGCAAAUGGGGGUCGGAGUAGUUUGAAGACAGGGGUGCAGUCGCCUGGUCUACAAUGGGGAAACGAGAACGCACUUCUUCGCGACUUGAGGCAAGGAAGUUGCAAGACGUUCAUGACAGCUGUCUACAAGGGCUCGGACGGGGUGUCCUCCCCAGCGUUACUUAGAACAUACGAAUCGGCGCACGGAACAUCCCCAUCUGCCGACUGCACUAUUUGGGAGGCCGGCAGGGCAACUUGCGCGACUUACCCUGCUUUCAAACACAUCCAGAUCGGACAGAACACAUUCCUAGAUGAGGGCUCCGGGAGAUAUAGCCCUGUCGCUCAAGUUCUUGAGGAAGCGCUUGUACACGAAUGGCCCGGUCGAGAAGUGGGUCUUCUGGUCUCUAUAGGGAGUGGGAAGGGCCCGGAAGGGUUGGAGGCCAAAAAGGAGCCCUCUGCGAUUAAGUCAGCCACACCUUUUGGAAAAAUGAUUGAGGCCAAAGAGAAGCAUCGUGCGAGGGUAGUUGAUUGUGAAGAUAUCCAUCAGGAGCUUUUGGAAGGUUUGCACCGCACCGGUAUACAGAAGGAGAAUUACUAUCGGCUGAAUGUUGAAGUUGGGAUUACCGACUUUGGCAUGAACGAGUGGAGCAAAUUGGCAGAUAUAUCGAACUGCACUCGAAAGUACCUUGGCCGACAUGAUAUCCAAAUGAUGAACAACUCGGCAGCGAGUAAAUUGGCCGAGAUUCAUAACGGCAGCCAGGGCCGUCUCAACUUGGAAAUCCUCAACCGAGAGCUACCAGAUCUGCCCAGCGAGGCCUUUGACUCUGAGGAGGAUGAGGAAGUAGCCAAAAACUUUGAAGAGCUGCACAGGAUAAAAAUGAAGAUUAGAGCCUGAUGGGCUUCUACUUUCUCACCUGUAUUGCAUGGGAAUAUUUUGGAUAUCUGGUGUUUAUGGAAUUUUGGUACUUAAUUUGGAGUAAUGGAGGGGAGCGAGGUCGAAUGAUUAAGAAAUUUCGUGUC